CCUUUGAAUCACUAUGACUAAUGUCCUCCAGUGAUAUAGGCUACGUGUCGUUCUUCUCUACGGGUCAAUUCAGGACGUGUGUGGUAACCGACCUUGAUAAACAGCGUGUGAGACAAACCACAGCUGCAUACCUGGCUUUUGUCACAGGGGAAAGAACCGCCACACUUUUCCGGCCCGACUGAAGGUCGAGUCGAGAUAUAAAAGAAGGAGAGAAGCCCUCGCUCCUUUGCAGAAACCUUGUGACGCACUGCAGACAUGCUUAGACUUCUGGUGUUGACAGGUCUCGCAGCCCUGGUGCUGGCUGAACUGGAGCCCCAGCCCAGGUACCUGGAGGACAUUACUGAAAGAGUCGUGGGAGGUGAGGUGGCCAAACCCAACUCCUGGCCCUGGCAGGUCUCUCUUCAGUACGAAUCUGGCAGCAGGUACAUCCACCAUUGCGGAGGAACCCUGAUCAAGGAAGGCUGGGUUAUGACUGCUGCUCACUGUGUGGACAGCCCUAGGACGUGGCUCGUCGUUCUCGGUGAACAUGACCUCUACAGCGACAGUUACAAUGAGCAAUUAAUAACUGUCAGCGAAGUUUUCACCCAUAGAGGAUGGGACUCCAACAGACCUAGUAAUGGGUUCGACAUUGCCCUGCUGCGUUUGUCUUUCCCUGCCACCCUGAACUCCUACGUCCAGCUGGGCUCUCUGCCUCCCACCGGACAGAUUCUGCCCCACAACACCCACUGCAUCAUCACCGGAUGGGGACGCACUUCCACCGAUGGCAGCCUGUCCGACCAGCUGAUGGAGGCCAACCUUCCUCUGGUCGACUACAAGAUCUGCAGCAGACAUGACUGGUGGGGCAGCUCCGUCAAAACCACCAUGGUGUGCGGCGGUGGUGGUUACAAGGGCGGAUGCAAUGGUGACUCUGGCGGCCCUCUGAACUGCCAUUUUUAUGGAAACUACUACGUCCACGGUAUUGCCAGCUUUGUGUCUGAUAAGGGAUGCAACGCGCACAAACAGCCCACCGUCUUCACCCGUGUCUCCGCCUACAUCGACUGGAUAAACUCUGUCAUGAUAUAAACAGACGAGUCAUCCGUGUUGCGGCACAUGAAGACAGAGCACGCAUUGGACCAUGUUUUCAUCUACUGUGCUUCCUUCUGUCUCAUUCUACAAAAAAUAAACGAAAUUAAACGCAUCAGAACAUU